AUGGCGGGAAAUAGCACAUGCAGUACUUGCGUAGAUUAGGAAGUGAUUCAAUCUUCCGUGUUCACUGUCGCUGGCCAUUUUCCAGUGCAUUUAACCCACAGAUAAGCGAUAUGAUAGGUCAAGCGAAGAUCUCAUCCUUUUUCAACCCUAAGAACGCCAAGAGGCCAGCAGACACUGUUGCAGACCAGAACACUCCACCAAAGAAGAGUAAACCGACCUCUGUCCCAGCUGAUGAGGAAGAAGUAUCACCAUGUUCACAGACUUUGUCUCCAGAUCAACGCAAGAAAAUAGAAGAAAACCGAAUAACAGCUCUAUCCAAAGUACACGCCAAGAAAUCAUCAGGCCUGGUUGUCAAUGUUGGGAAAACUUGGCUGAAGGCUUUGGAACCAGAAUUUUCCAAGUCUUACUUUGUGGAGUUGAGUCAGUUUGUUCAGAAUGAGCGGAGCAAGCACACCAUCUACCCGCCAGCAGACCAAGUGUUUAGCUGGACGCAAACCUCGGACAUUGAUCAGGUGAAGGUCGUGAUACUGGGACAGGACCCAUACCAUGGACCCAAGCAGGCACAUGGCCUGUGUUUCAGUGUACAACAAGGUGUCCCACCUCCACCCAGCCUGGUAAACAUGUAUAAGGAGCUUCAGAAGGACAUUGAUGGGUUCAAGCACCCCGGCCACGGAACCCUCAAUGGUUGGGCCAGACAAGGUGUUCUGCUCCUCAACGCCUGUCUGACGGUGCGAGCCCACAACGCCAACUCACACGCUGGCAAGGGUUGGGAGAAGUUCACUGAUGCUGUCAUCUCUUGGCUCAACAAAAACGGAGAUGGGAUCGUCUUCAUGCUAUGGGGAGCCUACGCCCAGAAGAAAGGAGCCUGCAUUGACAAGAAAAGGCAUCACAUCCUAAAGGCUGUCCACCCGUCUCCACUGUCAGCGCACAGAGGCUUUUUUGGAUGCAAGCAUUUCUCACAGUGCAACACGCUCCUCAAACAGCAGGGCAAGACGCCCAUUGACUGGUGGAGUCUCCCCAGGGAGUAGAGAAGACCAAAGAACAAGGAACAGUGCAAGCUGUUCAUUGAUUUCAUUAUGUUCAUGAUCAGAUCAUGUGUGCAACAGGAGAUGUGGAGGUGUGUGUGUUAUUUCAAACUGUUGCAAGGGUUUGUUUUAUUGUGUUUUAUUGAUCACAAUGUAGUCAGUAUUUUCAGCUCACACUGCUAUGCUUCUCCCUGUUGCCAUAGUUAUAUCACCAGUUAUCGUUAUGUCUCUCGUUCUGUGUCAUUGUAUGGUCAGGGAGGCUGUUCAGGAGACGUUUAUAGACGAUUUUGUUGAUUGUAGAUUACAACAGAUUAUUCUUUUACUUCCAACCAAACUGAACAUUGCAUCUUAUUUUAAGUUACUCUGUUUGGUGUGGAGCCAUUCAGUUGGCAGUGUUUAUAUAAAAAGUAUUUUAAGGUUCAAUGACUUUUAGUCUAUUGAGAAUUCAUGGCUCCUUGUGAUUCUAUAAGCUGAUUUCUGAUUGGCUGAAAUUUGCCUUCAGGGUUGCCGUGUAGAUGGCAGCAUACACACAAAUCUAUAUACAUAUGUAUUAAGGGUGGGUAUUGCAGAGAAUUUUCAUAUUGCGAUGCGAAAGCAUGUAUUGUGAUAUGUAUUGCAAUAUAUUGCAUGAAGUAUUUCUAAACAAAAACUACUUAUAAUCCAG